AUUUACACCGUCAUCCAGUCCUGUCGUUUUUUUCUUGUUGCGGAUGCUUAACACUGCCAGUGCCCGGCGCCCUCCUCUCGGACCAGCCGCUGCCGACGGAAACGACGAUGGCGGAGGCGACGCCGACGAGGGUGUUCGUGUACGGCACCCUGAAGCGCGGGUUCCCCAACCACCCCCUCCUCGUCGCCUGCGCUUGCCCCUUCGUCGGAGCCGCCUCCACAGCCGCCCCCGCCUCCCUCGUCAUCGGCCCCUACUCGGUCCCUUUCCUCCUCCCCACCCCUUCCUCCUCCUCCUCCGGCCGCGUCGUCUCCGGCGAGCUCUACGCCCCGUCCCCCGCCGCCCUCGCCGAGCUGGACGCCUUCGAGGGCACCCACAUAGGCGCCUACGAGCGCCGCCCGAUCACCGUCGUGGCUGAUGGAUCGGGCGAGGUGGUGGAGGCGGAGGCGUACUUCGCGCACCCGAGCUACGCGGAGGCACUCUGGCGGCGCUGCGGCGGCGAGGCGGCCGAGAUCGGGGAGUACACCGCGGAGCAUGCCGCCAGUUACGUCCCAAUUAAUGAGCGCGCUACCGGCGCCGCUGGGCUCAUGGAGGCCAUCCAUAGGUUCCUCGCCACUGCCCCCGACAGUUGACUUGGUGUUCAUGGAUGGAUCUGUCACCUGUUGUUUCCUAGUGCUUUCGUUGCAGCUCUUGCCAGGUGGAGUAUGUGACGAAUCUCUAAAAUAUAUUCAUGAUGCAAAUUUGCAGACAAUACUUUUGUGCUAUGCAAUACAAUUGUUGUAUUCAGAAUGACUAGCCCAGGCUUUUGGACAAAUCAAUUAACCUUUGCAAACAGAGUCAGUUUGUCUUAUUCAGUAUAGAUAGUAUACAAUAUUGGAAUGUCAACUAGUAUUAAAAUUUUCUAA